CUCACAUUGAAAAUGCAUUUGAAAGAAACGGACUAUAAUUACAGUGUCCUUCUCAUUUACACCAUAAUAAUAUCAGCUUUAGCUUCAGUAGCCUGGUGUGAGUCCACUUACUCCCCUCACGCUCACUCUCGUCUGCUUCCUCACUAUGUCAGAAACAGCGCUUUAAUGACGAAAGUCCGCCGCCAUUCUUCUGACACAGAGAGCACAGAGUCCGGACCAGAGCCCGGACCAGAGCCCGGACCAGAGCCCGACCUGCUUCAGACCGGGGCCAGGAACCACCGGGCUCCAGUGUCCGCAGACGGGCCUGCUCUCGGGCUCAGAGCCAAAAUGGCGUCUGACGCAAGUAACAGGUACCGACACAAAGUGAGGCAGAGGGUGAAGUCUUCACUGAAGCUCACCGCCGACGACUGUAGGGAAGGGAACGUUAACUACACAACUAAAGGAACGUUUUAUAUUGUUGGACAACUUCAAGCAAACAUCCCUAAAGUGGACUUUCAGUCAGACUCUGCUGCUUCAGUCCAGGCUGAGGAGGGGCAGACAACGAUGAGUAGUCAGUGGCUCGGCUCUUCAGAGGAGAGCUGGCAGAAGCUUCAGCCUGUGGUGGAGUGUGGAGACGACGCCAUGAACCUCAUUGUUAGGAGGAGACGAGCUGGAAACCUACAGCUGGAUCAAAUGAAUGGGUCGUCUGUGCCUCUGUCCCAACUGCCACCUCAGUGUGGUUAUUCUGUCCAGGCCACAUGGAGAGACCUCAGUCUGAUGGUUCAAUAUGACGCCUGCCAUGUCACACAAGAGGACGACGGCUACGUGUUGCCUCUGCUGUGGAGGGGGACUCCCGUCAAAAUGUCUUGUCCAGUCACUGAGACGCAUCCUCCCGCCACGGGCCCGUUCUCUGUGUGCUGCCUGCCGUACAGUAUGACUGUCAAACUCCGGGGACUGUCUCCUCCUGAGGUGUUGAAGAUAAAUGUGAGAGGAGAGUGGAAGCCUUUGGUGUUGUUGGUAGAGCAGUGUGGCUACACUCUGGAGAGACGAGGUGCAGAUGCCGUGAUCUCUGCUCUGUACCUCACAUGUGGCAUGACUGUAAAGGAUGAAAAAUACACCCUUUAUCUUCAAGUAGGAGAGAAAACACUCACUCUGUCCUGUCCUGUCUCUCGUCCCGAUGCUAAUCUCAGCAGGGAGCCAAAGGACUCCAUUCCAAACCGACAAACCGCAGAGUCUUUUCCAUGGGCUGCACCUUUUCACCUUGCCCCACUUUACUAUCCCCACCCUACAGAUCAGAAACCUAGCGUUCAUGGUGUAGACGAUCCUCUCACUACCUCCCCUUCCAUGCCUGACCUGACGCUUGCUACACAGCCUCUUGGCGAUCCGCAGCCAGAAUAUCCACAACACCACUACCACCAGAUCCCUAUUGGGGAGUUGUAUAAGCAAUACAGCUUACACACCACCCCAUCAUCUCCAAGCAGAGAGGAAGAUUCAAGUCUUGUGCAUCCAGAUCAAGAAAAAGGAAUUCCUGUCUCAGGUCUCUCUGAGAAGCACAGUGCUACAGACUCUUCCUUCUCUGCUACAGGCUUUCCAGCUCAGGCUGAAGCGCCUUCUGUCCAGCCCCCCCGACAUGCCUUCAAUCCCUAUUACCACUACUACCAUCACCCAAAAAUUCCUCUUUUUGACCCACGUCAAGAUCCUGAUCCUGAUCCAGGUCCAGAGGUUCCUGAAAAACUGUAUUCAAUGAAUCCUCGUACCUUUGAGUUUCCUGUGUUGCCUCCCAAAAUCCAACCAUCUGACACAAACUCAGACCAGGUCCUUGAGCCUGAGGCUGCCCCCCAUAAUUACAUCAGUGAACCACGUCCUGAAGUUGAUUCUCCACCUUACACACCUCAUCCACCUCAUAUUCCAUAUUACUUUCCACAUAUUGCAAUGGGUGAAGCUAAAGCGUUGGCUGCCGUACAUCACGACAUGGCCGCAGAAAUGAAUGUGUCCCUUUCUCACUCGUCGGCCCUUCCAAUCGACAAUAAAUACGACUUUUAUCCUGAUGCAGAUCGGCCGAACUCGGAUGAAACGAUGAUUAACAGUGUAAAAUACAGAUCAGAACAGGUUGAAAAUCAACCACUGCCUGAAGAUGAUGGCACGAAAUCAGAGCUGGGCUACAAAGCACUACACGACUCUGCAUCUACACCCAGUUACUCCCCUACACCAGACCCUGUUGUGGUUCCCCCUGCACAAUCCCCACAAUCACCUUCCUCUUAUCCAUCCAACCACCAACCCUCUCCUUAUCUAUUCUACGACCACCCUUACAGUCCUUACUAUCAGAUAUAUUAUGCACCGGGAUAUUUACCCAGCGCUGACAACCAUGAGUCUCCAAGUUCCUCGUCCUCAAUGCAGCAUCCAUCUUCUCACAAACAUCAAACCACUAAUUCACCCUCAGAAUCGACAUAUGAUGUUGGAAAUGGCCAACUACCUCUUUACUACUAUAACUACCACCCCCUCUACGAGCAGGAAGUGUCCAAAGAUGACCAAGGACGUCGUCCUCGAGCCAGCAUAGACUCUGGAAAGGCGUCCUCUAAAUCAGCAUCCUUGCCUCCGUCUGACCCUGAUGAAGCAGGACCUCCCAGCAUCCCUCAGCGAGCGCACAGUCCCCUCUACAGCCUCUAUUCCCAUUAUGUAACGCAGCAACGUCCAUAUGAUCCUUUUGGGCAUCCUGGUGCAGAGGAAGCAGGAGAGGGGCUGGAUAAUGACACGAGAGGUGACAUCGCACCACCUGCUUUGCCCUGUGGCCUCGGCCCUGUGUUGGAUUUCAACACCGUGAAGGACUGUACAAUGGGACAAUAUUUUGUCUUUGUGGCCCCUGAGUCUGUGUUGGAGCCCACGCUGGUCCUUCACUCCUCUGAGGACAGUACAGUGUCCUGCACACUGCAGAAGCUGACGCCGGAGUCCGACCUCUACAUCACGCCGCUGGAAGGUUGUGGAGUAAACAAAUAUGUGUUUGUUCAGACAGUGGUUUAUCUGCUGGAAGUCCAAGGUCUCCUUUCUCCUCAACAAGACCACAGUUCAGAGAUCUCUCCAGUCAGUACAGGCAACAUCCAGGAAACUUGGGAUUCAGGCAUGUAG